GGCCGGCGCAGUCGGCGGCGCGGCGGGGAGAGGGGCCGCCUGGGCCGGACGCCGCGGGCGGGGCCCGGAAGCGACGGCGAGGCGCGGCGCGGAGCCCAGAUUAUCCUGCUCACCAGAUGUCUUGAAAAUUUUUCUUACAACAUUGGCCAUUGGUUUUCACUGCCUUCAAAAGAUCAAAAUUACUCCAGAAAUUUGAAAGUUUGAUUUAAAAGAAAAAACUUGAACAGAUGGACAAUAUGUCUAUUACAAAUACACCGACAAGCAAUGACGCCUGUCUGAGCAUUGUACACAGUUUGAUGUGCCACAGACAAGGUGGAGAAAGUGAGACAUUUGCCAAAAGAGCAAUUGAGAGUCUGGUGAAGAAGCUGAAAGAGAAGAAAGAUGAAUUGGAUUCUUUAAUAACAGCUAUAACUACAAAUGGAGCUCAUCCCAGCAAGUGUGUCACCAUACAGAGAACACUGGAUGGACGACUGCAGGUGGCUGGUCGGAAAGGAUUUCCUCAUGUGAUCUAUGCCCGUCUGUGGAGGUGGCCUGAUCUACACAAGAACGAACUAAAACAUGUUAAAUAUUGUCAGUAUGCAUUUGACUUAAAAUGUGAUAGCGUCUGUGUGAACCCAUAUCACUAUGAGCGGGUUGUCUCACCUGGAAUUGAUCUCUCUGGAUUAACACUGCAGAGUAAUGCUCCACCAAGUAUGUUAGUGAAGGAUGAAUAUGUUCAUGACUUUGAAGGACAGCCAUCCUUACCCACGGAAGGACAUUCAAUUCAAACCAUCCAACAUCCACCAAGUAAUCGCGCAUCCACGGAGACGUACAGCGCCCCAGCUCUGUUAGCCCCAUCAGAGUCUAAUGCCACCAGUACCACCAACUUCCCCAACAUUCCUGUGGCUUCCACAAGUCAGCCGGCCAGCAUUCUGGCAGGCAGCCAUAGUGAAGGACUGUUGCAGAUAGCUUCAGGGCCUCAGCCAGGACAGCAGCAGAAUGGAUUCACUGCUCAGCCAGCUACUUACCACCAUAACAGCACUACCACCUGGACUGGAAGUAGGACUGCACCAUACACACCUAAUUUGCCUCACCACCAAAACGGCCAUCUUCAGCACCACCCGCCUAUGCCGCCCCAUCCUGGACAUUACUGGCCGGUUCACAAUGAGCUUGCAUUCCAGCCUCCCAUUUCCAAUCAUCCUGCUCCUGAAUAUUGGUGUUCCAUUGCUUACUUUGAAAUGGAUGUUCAGGUAGGAGAGACAUUUAAAGUCCCUUCAAGCUGUCCUAUUGUAACUGUGGAUGGAUACGUGGAUCCUUCUGGAGGUGAUCGCUUUUGCUUGGGUCAACUCUCCAAUGUCCACAGGACAGAAGCUAUUGAGAGAGCAAGGUUGCACAUAGGCAAAGGAGUGCAGUUGGAGUGUAAAGGUGAAGGGGACGUGUGGGUCAGGUGCCUCAGUGACCACGCCGUCUUCGUGCAGAGUUACUACCUGGACCGUGAAGCUGGCCGAGCACCUGGUGACGCCGUCCACAAGAUCUACCCGAGUGCGUAUAUAAAGGUCUUUGAUUUGCGGCAGUGUCACCGGCAGAUGCAGCAGCAGGCGGCCACCGCGCAAGCCGCAGCUGCUGCCCAGGCGGCAGCUGUGGCAGGAAACAUCCCUGGUCCUGGGUCCGUAGGUGGAAUAGCCCCGGCCAUCAGUCUGUCUGCUGCUGCUGGCAUUGGUGUAGACGACCUCCGGCGCUUGUGCAUACUCAGGAUGAGCUUCGUGAAGGGCUGGGGCCCAGACUACCCAAGACAGAGCAUCAAAGAAACCCCGUGCUGGAUUGAGAUUCACCUCCACCGAGCUCUGCAGCUCCUGGACGAAGUCCUGCACACCAUGCCCAUUGCGGACCCACAGCCUUUAGACUGAGAUCUCACACCAUGGACGCCCUAACCAUUUCCAGGAUGGUGGACUAUGAAAUAUACUCGUGUUUAUAAUCUGAAGAUUUAUUGCAUUUUUGUUCUGCUCUGUCUUUUCAUAAAGGGUUGAAAGAUGUGUUUGCUGCCUUGCUCUUAGCAGACAGAAACUGAAUUAAAACUGUUUUUCUAUUUUAGAACUUUCAGGCAUGGCUCAGAGCUUGAAGAUCAGGAAGAUCCAAUUUUUACUAAGUCUUCACUGGUUAUGUAUGAAGGAGUCAUUCCAGUGCUGGGAACUCAGCUCUCUAAGUGUGCGAGAGAGAGCUCCUUACAUGCAGGACACUGAUGUGUUGUCUGCAGAAUAAAUUCACUGUUGCUGAUUUUAAGGCUGAGAAGUUCUCAAAGUUAAGUCACCUGUUACUUAGUGGGCAAAGUCAUUGCUGAACGAGCUGCACGCAAGUGGCAGUCGGGCGAGCCAGUCUUCCAAGAGCAGCUUCACGCUCUUAGAGCCUUUUGUCAGUCUUUAUUCAGAAUGGUGUUUGCAAGUUAAACAGUGAAGGUGAAUUAAAUUCAUAGUGUCUUGCAGACUUUAGGUUUUUUCCCCAAGACAAAACACUAAUCUGUGUGCAUAUUGACUAUUCCUUACAAUUACCAGUCAAAGAAAUGCCAUUUAAAAUUACACAGUUUUAUCCCUAAUGGAUGGCCAUCCUCGAGAGGUACACUGUGCCCUGUUAAACAGUACAUGAAUUCUUCUAUAUUUCUAGGCGCAAGGUUGGUUAUAAAAAAAACAAAGCCUAGGGGAGGAAUUUUUUCCCUUAAUUCAUAGGGAGAAGGUUUUGUAUUUAUAAAAACACUAAAAGCAGAGUUGCUCUGCCUGAUGCUUUACUGUUCUGCAAGGUGGCAGUGCUUCAACUGAAAUAAUGACUAUUUUGGAAACUGCUAAAUUCUAUGUUAAAGACUGUGCAGAAUAACGGAAACCGUGCAGUUGGUAACAGGUAGUUUGGAUAUUUUUGUACUUGAUUUGAUGUGUGACUUUUUUUCAUAUACUGUUUAAAUCAUGUAUGUUUUGACAUUGUUUAAAAUUCAGUUUUUGUAUCUUGGGGCAAGACUGCAAACUUUUUUAUACCUUUUGGUUAUCCUAAGCCCUUCGUUUGCCAUCAUUGAUCCCUUGGUGGUGACUUUGUAGAGGUUGAAGUAGAAGCGUGGGACGCAUUGACUGUACCACAGACAUGUAUACUUUUUACCUAGUUACUAGAGUGAAUAAAACUGAGUCCAUAUACGAAGUUGAAUUCUAGGUUUGGUUUUUAAAAUGCUUUCCUUUUGCACUUUUGAGUCCAAUCUCAGUGGCAAGACACCUUCUACUAACUGACAGGCAACAGCCAGUUGCAUUGGGCAGCUCUGGUUUUCCUUCACACUCUACCAGGACUUUCCCGUGUACAUUAUGGAUCAUGUGUAGAGUUGGUUAUUUUUUGAGUUUUUAUUUUCUGUAGCAAAAAAAUAGGCUACAGUAAAAUAGUGUGAAUAAAACCAAGGUCAUCAUUGA